UUCCCCUUGCUUUUAUUAAAAUUGAUUAGCGACAAUGGAGCCGACAUGACACUUCGAUUUGCCGGCUCUUUGUACUUUAAAAACUAUAUCAAACGUCAUUGGGACAAUGAAAACGCAGACAAGAUCGCCCCUCAGGAUCGCCAAACGAUUAAAGCACAAAUUGUGGAUUUGUUGAUUAGUGUACCCGAAAAGAUCCAGCUUCAGAUCAGUGAUGCUCUGGCAAUCAUGGCAGACGAAGACUUUCCCGACAAGUGGGAUAAUUUGCUUGACCAAUUAAUCGGUCGAUUGAGCCCUAGUGACUAUAAUGUCAACAACGGUAUCCUGCAAAUCGCUCAUUCGAUUUUCAAAAGGUGGCGAUCUCAAUUUGCUUCGGAUAACUUGUUUUUGGAUAUC